GCCUAGCUAAUCGAUCACGUGAGCAAUGAAGAUUUAUCGAUCACGUGACCAGGAUUUUUCUAGGCAUAGCCUAAUUUUUAUUUAGCUAGGCAGAUCUAAUUAUUUGGCUCUUUCUUGGCCUUCGUACAACUGUUCAAACACUUUGUAACGUCAGUAGUCCAAGACUUAGUAAGUAUAGAUUCUAGCCAGCCUAGACGAUUUAUUGAGAACUGAUGAGAAUUUAACUGAGAGUGAGAGUGAAAAUAAAAACCAACCCGUCUAGGCCUACACCCUUUUUCAGGCUGCGUCAGUCUGAUAAAAAACCAACAAAAAAACACCAAACAAACUCAAAUACAUAUAUAUCCUAGACUAAUCAAAGCCAUCUAGAUUUCUAGACUAGAUUUAGAUUUUUUUUAUAGUCUAUUAUUUCAUGAAAAGUGAGGACAUGCUCGUUGGGACAGGCCAAUGAGAUGAAAAACAAAAUUGUGGAUCUCUUUUUAGCCCAUUUUAUUUGAAUCUUAGCCUAGGCCAAGGGCCUAAUCUCAAACCCCCCAAUGUCACUGGCGGCGUGAUCGUGAUCUGGCCAGCGGAUGAUGAUACACGAGCAGCGAGCGAGCAGAUAUAAAGAUGGAUGGAGAUCAAGGUUUGCCAACUCUGUUGAGUCAAGGCUAUGCCAUCAUAAAUGACUUGAACAAAGCCUCUGAUAUGACUCAAAAGCAAAAAGUGCUUCAGAGGAAUGGUUUACUGGCCAAAGCCAAAGCUAAAGACCUAAUUAAUAAUUUACACAGAAUGGUAGAUGCUUUUGAUACUCACCUUCAGACUUUCAUUGGAGGUAUAGUGACAGACAGAGCCAAUGUCCUGGAGAGUCAUUCCAAUGAAAUCAUUCAGUGUGUUGAUUACAUUUCAAAACUCUGCAUAAUGGCAGAAAAAGUACUGAAGGAUCAAACGAAUGUCCCUGUUACUCAGACAGCUCUUGAAAGUGAGUUUUUAGGAAGCUUGAAAGAGUGUGAUGAACUCAAGUAUGUUGACUACAACACUUUCGUUUCGAUUGACCUAGAAGUAGAUCUUCAACAGUUUUUUGAAGCAACAUUGGUCAAAAUUGUUAGUAAAAAUUCUAGAAAUUUUGAGAAACAUAUUUUACAUUCUCUUGGAUUUGGCGAUCUCUCAGAACACACUGAUGGUGUUGCAUCAAAAAAAUUCCCUCUUGAGAAGCAGCUGUUCAAUCAAGGUAGUUUUGAAACCAAUGGAGUUCAUGGCUCUGAAAGACAAGCAACUAAACGGCAACAGUCUGUGCUUAAUAAUAAUGAGCCUUCCUCAUUUCAAGGAAAGUUUGCCCUUGUGACUGACAAGACAGCGUCUGAGAGAGGGGAGGUCACCCAUGCUGGAGACCCUGGCAAAGAAGUGGAACAUGGUCUUUCCAAGAAUUUUUCUCAGUGCAGCUUAUCAGAUGCAUCUCUAAACAUUCAAAACCACACACGGAAACAUCCAGAUGGUUUUCUUUCAAAGGAAUUUUCUCAGUGCAGUUUGGAAGAGAAAGCUAAAAGCCACUCAGAGAAACUUUCAAAUACCUUUGGAAAAGUCACCUCCCAUAUCACACCUGAUGGAUUAGUAAAAAAGGAGCAGAGUGAGAAUGUUAUUAAUAUGAAAGACGAUGGCAUUUUCAAACCAAAGGUUAAUACUCUCACAGUCAGCAAACUUUCAAACAAAGUUCAUCUGAGGCCUUGUUACAUGGACCAGACUUCCGGCAGUUCGAGUGCUCAAACCCAAAAGAAAUCUGAUAAGUCAUCCAGAGCAGAUUGUCCAAAUUGGAGAGAAGGCAAAAUAGAUCUGGCAGCCCAUGAUAAAUCAGUAGCUUCUGCGAAUUCUGCAAUGGUGUCUGGAAAGCCUUUAGGAACUUUCGGUUCAAGACUGGAUUCUAACAAUUCAACUCAUUUAAAGAAGAAUCACACCCAAACAGAAGAGGAAGAGGAAAAAGUGAAGACUACAACUCUUCCAGCACCUGUGAACUUAAUCACAUGUGAGACUGUCAUGGAAACUGUUGAAGAUAAAAGACCUCCAAAUCUGUUGACCACGAACCAAAUAUCAUGUACUAAAAGUUAUUUGUCACAGAAGAAGGAGGACAUUGCUGUACCCCCUCUCUGUUCUCUAGUUACAGCACCGAAAGAAAGUUUGAAUUCCAAGAAACAAUCGCAGAGUAUGCCCAAGAACGCCGAUAUUGCAGACAUGAAGUUCAGUUUGAGGAGCAUACUGUCGACAUCUUUUGCUGGACCUAAAGAGGUGAAAGGAACACUGGUGAAAUGCGUGACUGGAGGACACAGCACCUCUUUUGAUCACCCCACAGGACUGACUGUCAGAAGUGAUGGUCUUUUGGUUGUGGCCGAUACAGGCAAUAACCGGGUCAAGGUCCUGCGAGAUGAUGAGUUGGUUAUGUCUAUUGGUGGUGAGAAAGACGUAUCAUUUCAGCGACCAUCAGCUGUUGUGUGUGAUUCUCUAGACAAUAUGUAUGUGAAAGAUGAUCACUGUGUUCAAGCAUUUGAUGCUAGUGGCAAAAAGUUCAACACUUUUGGGCAAAGGAUUUUUCAACAUCCUUUUGGACUAGCUCUUGCCAAACCCACAAAUAAGACUUGUGCUGUGUUAGUUGAUGAAACUAGAAAGGCCCCAAAAGUUUUCAGCUACACUCUCGGUGAAGACAGGCUGGAUUCAUACAGUUAUACGCCUUUGAUGCAAGCUGGCACCCCUCUCAGUAAAGUGAGAUUCCUGGCUGCACACAAGAACAUGGUGCUUGCAAGUGAUUUGGGCUCCAGUAUGAUGUACCUUUCUACUGUGGAUGGGCAGUUUGUAAAAAGGUUUGGAAAGUAUGGCAAUGGUAUCUGUGAGUUCAGAGAGCCAUCUGGUGUUGCGGUUGAUGCUGAAGGCAACUGGCUUGUAGGUGACAGCAAAAAUAAUAGAAUUCAGGCUUUCACAUCUGAUGGUUACUUUCUGGCAUCGGUCAACCUUGCUGCCUCCAUCCGACGUCCUUCCGGCAUUCAUUUGACUUCAGAUGGUCUCCUUUAUAUAAUCAACUACCUGGACAACAUGAUUCAAGUUUUCAAGCUUCAUUCUUGAUUACAAGACAUCACACUUUUGUUUGGGAAUCUGAAAGAGAACUUUUCUCAGUAGUUUUUGUUUUUGGAUGUUGGAUGGUUUCUUCAUUGAGAUGCCAGUAAUUGAUCUAGAGUUGUUUUUCUUUUUCUCUCUUUUCAUCUCUUUGUACAUUCACUGCUUCUUUUUUUGUUGUGUUCAGUUCUAAAAACUGAAUGUGUAUGAAUGUUGUUGUUUUUUUAUAUUUUUGUAGCUUUGAAGAUAUUUCUUCUGUCAUUGAAUGUUUUGUGCGAAGAUUAGAUUCUGAUGAUCUAACUAUUGUAUCAGUUUUGGUUCUGUGCUUAGAAUAUUUUUGUUAUUAAUGUUAUGUUAUAAUUUUGAACAACUUUCUUGUUGUGGAUUUUGAUUUUGGUUUGCCUUUGUUUACAUAUUUUAUGAGUAAACUUCUAGUGUGGACCAAAAUGUUUUUACAAAUACAAUUUCUGGGGGUUUUCUUGUUUUUAUUUCAUCAUUUUGGGGGGAUAUAAUGACUCACCCCACCCAUCUUAUGUCUGUGUCAACUGUGAGGUCCCUGUUGUUGAUACCUGUAAACCACCUCAGUAGUAAGUGGGUGCUCUGAUGUGGUUUGCUUCUUCUUUCCUAUAAAAUAUUCUUUCGUCUUUUCUAUAUCCCCCCUCC